AGGCGGGGCCCGCGCCUCACUCCCUGACACGCCCGGGCGGGGCGAACGCGGGCACCAGACGGAUGGCGACGCUGCCGGGCCCGCCUCGCACCCGGGCUCCCCGGAGACUCCCCUGAGGCCCAGGCUGGGCGGGAGCGCGGCCGCCUCCCCUGGAGAGGGUUGAAGUUAUGCCCAGGACGACCCGACUGCGGUGCUGGGCGCUCGGGGGAGGCCCCAGGUCCAGCCUCCCUGCGGGGCCCAACUGGACCGCGCUGCUGACCCCGCGCUGACCGCGGUCCGCAGAACCCCGCAUGCACCUCCGCCGCCCUGGUCGCGCCGGCUCUGCACCUGCUGGGACCAGAGGGCGCGACAGGUCUCCCCACGUCUGUGGGCUCGCUCAGCUCCGAUAAAUGAGGAAGUGUUCUGAAAAGAGUGGCAGCAAUGUAUUCAGAUAACUGGAGAGUUUGUUUAAGGAGAGGCUGAAAGAACUGAGCCCAACUCUGGCAGAAUUUGAUCCCUCCUAAGGCUGAAAGAAUGGUGAUUCUAUGUGGCCAGGUGGAGAGGUGAGGAGGUCAUGGAUAACAAACGCAGGAGGUGUAGAGCAGUGACCAGCUGCUGAGGGAACUGUUGCAAAUGACGGGUCAUCCAUGGCAGGACCCUUCAGGGCACGGGGGCUGUAGAAGAAUGAUGGAAAGUCUCUUGGUGCCUGGGAGUGAGAGAGGUCCAGCGUCAAGGCCCGGAUGCCCAGGACCACGUGCGGAGCCUAGACCAUAGCUGGCCAUCGAGGGAGGAUGGAUCCUGAAGCCGCCCGGCUGGAAAGGCAGCAUGUGCACCAAGUGUAUGAGACCACUGCCCCAUACUUCAGCGACCUGCAGAGCAAAGCGUGGCCCCGUGUCCGCCAGUUCCUGCAGGACCAGAAGCCAGGCAGCCUCAUCGCUGACAUUGGUUGUGGAACUGGAAAGUAUCUUAAAGUGAACAGCCAAGUGCAUUCCCUGGGCUGUGACUACUGUGGGCCUUUGGUAGAGAUUGCCCGGAAUAGAGGGUGUGAAGUCAUGGUAUGUGACAACCUUAAUCUCCCCUUUAGGGACCAGGGCUUCGAUGCUAUCAUCUCCAUAGGAGUCAUACAUCAUUUUUCUACAAAACAAAGAAGAAUCAGAGCAAUAAAAGAAAUGGCCAGGGUUUUGGUUCCUGGAGGUCAGAUGAUGAUUUAUGUUUGGGCAAUGGAACAGAAGAACAGACACUUUGAGAAGCAGGACGUGCUGGUUCCGUGGAACAGGGCUUUGUGCGGCCGGUUGCCCUCGGAGUCCAGCCAGUCUGGGAAGCAGGCUCCGCACUGGCAUCCCGCAAGCUCAGAGCGCAGCUGUGCUGGGUGUUUCAGGGAAAGAUGCACGUCCAAGCGGUCCCACAGCGUGGACGGCGGGCCGGCCGUGCCUGCAGCCUGUUGCGGCAAUAUUUCAAAGCAAGGAAGCGAAGAGAAUGGAUUCUAUAACAAUUUAGGAAAAUCCUUUCGGUCUUGGUUUUUCUCACGCUCUUUGGAUGAAUCAACGCUGAGGAAGCAACUUGAAAGAGUGAGGCCCUCAAUCCAGGACGGUUGGGCCACUAGCACUGUGUCCCGCCAGCCCUCCAGACACCCCAGCUUAGACUUCGAUCCCCAAGAUCAGUUUCCAGCAAAAGAAUCGAACUUAGAUGAAGAAGUGUUCAUGGAUACAUCAUCUCAAAGACACCUGAACUGGCCAGGAGCACCCAUCACUUCAAAGAACGUAAAUGGAGACCAGGGAGGCGAGAGUGGGAGGAGCCAGGCGCAGAACUUUCCCGAGGGCGCUAUCUCCAGGGGCCCCUGUGUGGAUGCAGGUAACUUAGGUGAUCCUUCCGCCGGAAAAACCCCAAGGGUUUCCGCAUUGGGGUCCACCGAUUCCAACCCAGAAGACGCGGUGUCUGCGGAACACCGGGCAGACCCUGUGGACCCGGUGGACCCUAGGGCCUUCAUGCGUUACUACCACGUGUUUCGGGAAGGCGAGCUCUGCAGCCUGCUGAGCGAGAGCGUGUCGGAGAUGCGUAUCCUGAGUGCUUGGAAUGACCACGGCAACUGGUGCGUCAUUGCAGAGAAAAAGCAGAGCUGGGAUUGACUGGAUCCUUCCAGGAUCUUCAGGAGAUUGACACCUGUUCCCCUCCGGCUGAUACUGAACUGUCAUCCAGUUCCAUUAUUUUCACAUUCAGGUACACAUUGGUCUGUACAGAGGAUGAAUUGAUCCUCUUCAUCUUCACAUAAGCACAAAGCCUGGCGCUUGCUGUAUUUGACACAGGAUACUUGUGCUUACAUGUCAGUACAAAGAUUCCGAAGAAGCAAUACUUUAGUGCAGUUCUGGUUGUAUUCCUCCCAGAUGGAAUUAUCACAAUAUACGUGUAUUAAUUUUCAGUAUUAUCUUUUUAUUUUAAAAGUCUGCUGUUAAUAUACCUUUAAAAGGCAGUAUUUGGGGGGCUGGAGAGAUGUCUCAACAGUUAGAGCCCUGGCUGCUCUUGCAGAAGAACUGGAUUCAGUUCCCAGCACCCACAUGGUGGCUAAUAAGCUUCAGAACCAGUCCAGGAAGCAGUCUCCCUCUUCUGACCUCUGUGGGCAUUGCAUGGAGGGACACACUUACAUACAUGUAGGCCAAGCACUCAUACACAUAAGAUUAAAUAAAUAAAUAAUUUUAGAGGAAGUAUUUUUAUGAAGGGGACAAUUCUGGUUCUCAGGUAUUUAGAUCCAUGUGUAAGAUAACAAGCCUGUUCUGGUGCUGGCUGUACAGGACAUGGAAACCUGUAAGGGAGUAUUUUACUUCUAACGUCUUCAGAAGUGAACUACAGUGAAGAGACUCAGGAAGUAUUACAGGACUUUCCUAAAUUACAAUCAAACUUGUUUUAGGAUAAACCCUGUAAAUUGUUUUCAGUGCUUCUCAGAAGGUUUUUAAAGAAACUGUUAGCAGAGUGUAUAGCUCAGUGGCAAAGCAGGCCACUAGCAUCCACCUGGACUAAGGUUGGAUCCACAGCACUACAGAUAAGAUAAAUGUCUGGACACUUAUUGAAGGUAACCAUAUUAUAUUGAUUAUAUAGGUGAUCUGAACAGAAUAAACUCCUGUUACUUACAGGUUGAAUUUCUGGUACUUUCUAGAACAAUGAUUAGACUGGGCAUUGUAUAAUUACUAUCUGUUUGGAUCUUACCAUGGAUAUGUUUAAUUCUGUCGUGUCUCCCAAGGUACAAUCAAGACAACUUAGAAGUAGAAAUAAGCUGGUUGAGAUCAUUGUCCCAGAUAGUUCCUUAAUGAGUAGAAAAUCAAAUACCCUGUAUGCUUUCUGAACAUUUAUAAUCCUUGUUGAAAAUUCAAUCUUGGUUUUAUUUUUUUCACUACAAAAUUAAUGAAAAUUGUAAUAGACACUAUUUAUUUGGGUUCUGACCCCUUGGGUGAUUUUGGUAUACAUUAAAAGAAGGCUGCUACUGUCAAAGAAAGUUCAAAGGCGAUUUUAAAACUGUAUUAGAAAAUUAUUGAUAUUCUUCACCCCAAAAUCACAUUGCCCCGCCCCUGUUGUGGUAGAUGAGUGGUAGUGCCACAGAGGAUUGACAUGUUCAAUGUGCACUGUCACAAGGAACCAUGAAAACAAACAUAGAAGUUGACUAUAAAUUAAACUUUCAGUUUGCCUUUCAUUUUUCAAAUUAUGAUAUUAAAACCAUGUGUCCAAAAAGCUCCCCAGAAGAAAGGAUGACCGAUCUAGCAGGCAUGACCUUUUCACUGUGGGCUUUCCCUCUCUGAGGUCUGUGGUCACUGUUUUCAUUUUGGCCUUACUGUUAGAAAUCUGAGCUUGAAGUCACCUCUCCCUGGUUGUAACCUACUAGUUAAGGGUCAGAACCCAGUUCAUUAGUCUCUGUCAGAAUG